CAAAUAAUUUAUUCAUGGUCAAACGUCUGAUAAUUAAGUUGAUAAUAGAGGUCAGUUCCACUGUAGCGAAGUCAUUUAUGAAAGCCUAUUAAUAGAGUGCAAAAUAAUAAGGAGGAAAGGCAGGAAAUCCAUUUACAGAGUUCCUCAAUCAAACGAUGCAGGCGGCAAAUCUGACACAUAAACCUAUGACAAGGGAUGAAGCCUUUAAAAUAUUGCAAUUAGUUCCGGAGAAGGCAAGCCCUGAAGAAAUUAUCAGAGUUUAUUGGAGGUAGUUCCAUAAAAAUGAUCCAGUGAAGGGAGGGUCAUUUUAUCUUCAAUCGAUGCUACACAAUGCAAAAUGCGAGUUGAUGAAGGACUUCGGAGAUGUGAAUGAGAAGGAAAUCAUGGACAAGAUUAAGAAGGAAGGAGAGAGUCAGAAGGGAGAAGAUGAAGGGAAGAAGGAUGAGGCAAAGGUGGAGGAGAAGAGCGAAGAAAAGAAGGAAAAUUGAAUUCUUAAGUACUUAUUUUGAGGAUUGAAAUUGAUAUAUAAAUUUAAUUA